GAAAAAAAAAAAAAAAAAAAAAAAUCCGAUCGUAGUCGAACCAACCCGCGGCGGCGAUUAGUCGACCAAUCGCCAAAAGGGAUCGAUGCCGAGCAUUUCGGCCCUCUAUUCCAUUCAAGAAGUCUCACAGCACAGUUCCAGCGACGACUGUUGGAUCAUUAUCGAUGGCAAGGUAUACGAUUUGACUUCAUAUUUGGAUGAGCAUCCUGGUGGAGAUGAUAUUAUUGUGACUGCAACUGGCAGAGAUGCCACAGAUGAUUUUGAAGAUGCUGGUCAUAGCAAAGAUGCCAGGGAGUUGAUGGAGAAGUUCUAUAUUGGCUUGCUUGAUACAUCUUCCUCGGAUAGCUUAAAACUUGAAACGAAUCAAGUAGACAGUUAUGCAACUCGGGUUCAGACCUUGACAAAGCAAUACUGGAAGGCCCCCGUUGCAGUAAUUGGUAUUUCUAUGGUACUUGGUUGGGUAUACUUGCGCAAAAAGUGAUUCCAGUGCCAACUAAAGUCUGCUGGCUUGUUGAGCUUAUAGAGUUGGUCUCAUUUUUGCUUCUUGAAAAACUUCAUAUAUUUGUUUCAAUAUAUUCAUACAAUGAUUGUGGUGGGUUCUUUGUUCCUUAAUAGUAUUGUAGAAAGAAUUAUUUUCCCGUUAAUUGGUAGGUUUGUUUAUUUGUUUCCGUAGUUUCAUUGGAUGGGAGUUGGGAAAAUGGUUCGGGUCGUCUGCUACUUGAGCUAACCCCGAUUUGGUUUGAUCCAAAACUGAUGUGUUGAACUGAGUUUAUGUGGGGGUCUUCUAACAGGGAAAUUUAUAGGUUCUCAAAUGGAGUUUGAUCCUACUCCAUUGCCUCUUAUACCUCUACAGAAGAAUCAAACAAUCCAAUGAGACUAAAAUGUUAUCAAAAUGCUUUAUCGAAUCAAACUGUUAUCAUUUGAUAA